ACCAUCAUCUCUCUAGUGGCUAGUGCGAAAGGAAGAUGGCGACUAAUCUCGCAGCGCUCGUCGUCUUGGCCGCGUUCCUCGCCGGGCCGGCGGCGUGCGAGGGCGCCAGCAUUUGCUUCAACGGCUGGCUGAGGCUACCCACCUACAACCCGUGGCUCUGUUCUCGCGGCUCCAGGACGAGAGGCCUUCCGUGGCAGCGGGGGCGUUCUCCCUCUGGGUUAGGGCUCGGCCACGGCUACUACGACAACAGGUGGUCGAGGUCGUACUGCCCCAGAGCGGAAGUGAUUGUGAGGGGUGCCGUGAGGGACGCCGUGGCCGCGUACCCUGGCAUUGGUGCGGGGCUCAUCCGUCUCUUCUUCCACGACUGCUUCGUUCGGGGGUGCGAUGCUUCCGUCCUCCUCACGACGACCAACUCCAAUAACAGCGACACGGAGAGGGAAGGCCUUCCGAACAAGAACAGCCUGCGAGGGUUCGAGGUGAUCGACGCGGCCAAGGCGGCGAUCGAGGCCGCCUGCCCCGGCAAGGUUUCAUGCGCCGACAUCGUCGCCUUCGCCGCCCGCGACGCGUCCUACUUCCUCAGCAACCGCAGGAUCAACAUCCGGAUGCCAGGCGGCCGCUACGACGGGCGCGAGUCCUUCGCCAACGAGACCGACCAGCUGCCCGGGCCCUUCUCCAAUGUCGCGGAGCUCCAGGCGAGUUUCGCGGCCAAGGGGCUCACCUCAGACGAGAUGGUCACGCUCUCCGGCGCGCACACAAUCGGUGGUGCCCGCUGCAUGUUCUUCUCCAGCCGCUUCUCUGAAAUGGACCCGGCAUUUGCCGCCAAGCUCAGGACCCAGUGCAACGGCAACGACGACACCAAUGUGAACCAAGACGAUGUGACCCCCUAUGUCCUGGAUAAGCAGUACUACCGGAACGUGAUCGACAGGAAAGUAUUGUUCACCUCGGACGCCGUGCUCAACUCGACGGAUACGAUGACGCAGGUGAGAGAAAACGCAAAUAGGGCAGGCGCGUGGGAGAGGAAGUUUGAGAGAGCCAUGGAGAAUAUGGGGAAAAUCGGGAUCAAGACCAGAGCCGACCAAGGCGCAGAGAUCAGGAAAGUAUGCUCGAGAGUCAACAACUAAAGUUGGCGAGUAGUAAUGCGGGGUGGCUGGCUGUCUCCAUGGCGGGUUCGCCUAAUGGACGAGAUGUAACUUCGUCUAGCUACUGUCAUUGUUGGUUUUCUCACACUAAAACUCGGUGUC